AUAGAAGUCGUCUGAUAUUUUGGCCAUAGUUUUGAGUGGCUCAGAAUUAGAUUCUAAUUAUAAUAAUAUACCUCCUCUUUGCCUUCUUCUUCCUCACUACAAUAAUCAGAUAAUACCUUUUCUUCCUCUCGGCGAAAUUAAGAUCUAAAAUCGAUGGGGGAAGUUGUGGUUAUAAGUAGCGACGAAGGUACUACGGAGACGAUGAUGAGCAGAGGCAAGUCAUCGGAGGUUGUCCGAUGGGAGAAGUAUCUUCCGACAACGGUUCUCAGGGUUUUGCUUGUCGAAUCCGACGAUUCGACUCGCCAAAUCAUCACCGCCCUUCUCCAAAAAUGCUCUUACAAAGUUGUAGCAGUAUCGGAUGGUUUAGCAGCGUGGGAGACUGUAAAGGGGAAGACACAUAAGAUUGACCUAAUACUAACGGAGCUGGAUUUGCCAGCUAUAUCUGGUUUUGCACUCCUUGCUUUGGUGAUGGAGCAUGAAGCUUGCAAGCACAUUCCUGUCAUAAUGAUGUCGUCUCAAGAUUCGAUGGCAAUGGUCUUGAAGUGUAUGCUGAGAGGUGCUGCUGAUUAUCUGAUUAAACCCAUGAGGAAAAACGAGUUGAAGAAUCUAUGGCAACAUGUCUGGAGAAGACUUACCUUGCGUGGUGAUCAUACUGCUCAUGCACCUAGCUUACCAGCUUCACAGCAGAACCUUGAAGACACUGAUGAGACUUGUGCAGAUUCCAGAUAUCAUUCUGAUCAUGGAAGUGGUUCUCAGGCUAUCAGCGACAAGGAUAAGGUGAUGGAGGAUGUGAAACCGGUGGUUGAAUGUUUUGAUGUGACAAUGGAUUUGAUAGGUGGAAUGGAGAAACGGAGUGAGUGUUGUUACUAUGGAGACAAGACUGGUGAGCAGCAGCAGAAUGUUGGUCCAGAGCUUGGGCUUUCUCUGAAGAGGUGUUGCUCUGGAGGAAGUUUGGAGAAGAAGCAAGAUGAAAGCAAGCAUCAAAAGCUUAGCCUCUCUGAUGCAUCAGCCUUCUCACGAUAUGAGAAUGAGAAGCCAGCAGAGAAAGCAGGUGUUGCUGUUGUAGAGGCAAGUAGUUCAGCUGGGCCCAAGACACCAAGCGAAUCACAUGAGAAGUUAUUAAGAUGUGAUCACGGAAGCGCUACAACGAGCAGCAACCAUGAGAAUGUCGGAUCAUCAAGCGUAACCGGACGAAACCAGUUUCUUCAGUCCAGGAGUACGAAACAGAAGCAAGAAUCUCUCUUGCCAGUAGAAUCAAAUCUCCUGAAGGCAAGCGAGGAAGUGGACGUUGGUUGUCAGAGCAACAAUGAGGAGGAGGGGACAGUAACAGCAGGAGGACAAAGUAGGAGCAGCAUAACAGAGAAAGCAACAGAAGAAGAAGAAGUAGAAGAAGAAGAAGGUGUGCUGAGUGUCCAGGAGCGUAGGAGUGAGAGAGCAGCUGCGCUGUUGAAGUUCCGGAUGAAGAGGAAAGAUCGAUGCUUUGGUAAAAAGGUAAGAUAUGAGAGCAGGAAGAAGCUAGCAGAGCAGCGUCCACGAGUGAAAGGCCAGUUCGUGCGUGCUACGAAUUCAGAUGCGUCUUCUACUAAAUAAAAAAAACAAUUGGCCAACGAGACAAGUUUGUAACUCUAGAGUGAAGGGCCAGUUUGGUUUUAUAAUAGAGACUUAUUUAUUAGAUUUGUUGUUAUAUGCAGUGUUGUUGUUCUUUUGUAUUUGAGCGUUUUCUUGUCAACUAAUCUGAGAAACUGGUGGGGGUAAUGGUUCCCCGGCCCCUCUUGUAUAUCUGGAGAAUGAAUGAUCAAAGCUACGUUAAAACUGUAACUCCAUUAUUACUAUUUUUUUUUCUUAUCUUUGAUUGAGUAGCAA